CACACGCACACACACACUUCCCACUCAGCCGCGACGAUGCAUUCCGACGCCAAGCAUCACUCUUAGCUAGAGUCGCCCCGGUCUUAGGAUGGUGCAGAAAUCCCUCAACGGCGGGGUGUACCCAACUCAAGCCGGCGAGAGGAAGCACAAAGUGGGCUUCGUGGGUCUGGAGGCCGGUGGUCCUGAAUCGAGCCGGGACGGAGCUCUGCUCAUCGCGGGCGCGGACAGCGCCAGCAAGGGGGGCGGCAGCAUCCUGUGCAGACCCAGAGGCAGCAUUUCCGCGGGGGCGAGAGCCAGACCCCACAAGAAAAACGCCAGUUACCGCAAACUACAGAAUUUCCUUUACAAUGCGCUGGAAAGACCGCGGGGAUGGGCGUUCAUCUACCACGCUUAUGUCUUUCUCCUGGUCUUUUCCUGUCUCAUUCUCUCAGUCUUUGCCACUAUUAGAGAGUUCAAAAAUAGUUCAGAGAGUGCCUUGUACAUCCUGGAAAUCGUGACCAUCGUGGUGUUUGGAGUGGAGUACAUUGUGAGGAUAUGGGCCGCUGGCUGCUGCUGUCGAUACAGAGGAUGGAGAGGGAGGCUCAAGUUUGCCCGGAAGCCUUUCUGUGUUAUAGACAUGAUGGUGCUGGUCGCCUCGGUGUCUGUUCUGGCGGCUGGAUCUCAAGGCAAUGUUUUUGCCACGUCAGCCAUCAGGAGUCUGCGGUUCCUACAGAUCCUUCGCAUGCUGCGCAUGGACCGGCGUGGGGGGACUUGGAAGCUUCUUGGAUCGGUCGUGUAUGCCCACAGCAAGGAGCUCAUCACAGCAUGGUACAUCGGAUUCCUGUGCCUCAUCCUGGCUUCAUUUCUAGUCUACUCGGUGGAGAAGGAGUCCAACAAAGAGUUUGAAACUUACGCUGAUGCCCUUUGGUGGGGACUGAUCACGCUUACCACCAUUGGCUACGGAGAUAAAGUUCCCAAGACUUGGAAUGGACGCUUGCUGGCAGCCACCUUUAGUAUGAUUGGUGUGGCCUUCUUUGCACUUCCGGCGGGGAUUCUUGGUUCUGGUUUUGCCCUGAAAGUCCAAGAGCAGCACAGGCAGAAACAUUUUGAAAAGAGACGCAAUCCUGCUGCAAGCCUCAUCCAGGCUGCAUGGAGGUUUUAUGCAACCAACCUUUCCCGCACUGACCUGAUCUCCACUUGGGAUUUUUUUGAGCAGACUGUGGCAACCCCAAUGUACAGAUUAAUUCCACCUCUGAAUCAAUUGGACCUGCUGAGGAAUCUAAAAGGAAGGUCUUUCAGGAAGGACUCCCAAACAGAAACUUCUCCAAGUCAUGAGAACGCACACAAAGACAGACUUUGUGGUUGCUGUCUGAGAACGUUUAGUCGGAAGGCAAGCCUGAAGGACAAGAUGUUCCCCAGUCCUUCCAAGGCUCCACUGGCCAAAGCGAAGGACCAGUCCCCUGGGCCAGAAGAUGGUGCUGAGCUGAGCCCCGGCAAGGUCGCUAAAAGCUGGAGUUUUACGGAGAAGAACCGAGGGUCCAAGCAUUCUUUCAGGGUCCGGGGCAGCGCCUCACGCCAAAACUCAGAGGAGGCAAGCUUUCCAGGAGACGAGGUUGGCGACGACAAGAGUUGUCACUGUGAAUUUCUCGCUCAAGAGUUGCCACCAGGGUUAAGGGUCGCGAUACGAGCAAUAUGCAUCAUGACGUUCCUGGUGUCAAAGAGAAGAUUCAAGGAGAGCCUUCGACCAUACGAUGUCAUGGAUGUGAUCGAGCAGUACUCAGCAGGCCACCUGGACAUGCUGACCCGUAUUAAGAAUCUGCAAUCCAGGAUAGAUAUGAUUGUUGGGGCCCCUCCCCCAUCAACACCUCGCCACAAGAAGUCCACUGAAGGUCCUAGAGUUGACCAAAUAGUGGGCAAAUGUUCAAAAGGUGAAGUGGAGGCCACAGAGGACCCGAGCAUGAUGGGACGUCUGGUCAAAGUAGAGAAACAGGUAGUCUGCAUGGACAGAAAGCUGGAUUUUCUGGUCCAUGUCUAUAUUCAGCGCAUGGGCAUCCCUCGCUCUGAGACAGAGGCCUUUUUUAACUCCAAAGAACUCUAUCCUGCCCCUCCUUACCACAGCCCAGAGGAGAGCAAAGAGAAGGAGGAGAUAGUCAAGGAGGACCGUGAGAUGCAAACAUUCUCAGCGACGAACUUCUUGUGCACCAAUGGGUCUUUAGAGCAGAAAGACCCUUUAUCGGCGGGGUGUGUGGCAGGAUCGGUGGGUUCUGUCUCUGGUAGUAACAGUCGGCCUUCUACCUCGUGGCAGCAUCAGCUGCAGCACCCUGUCAGCCAGCCGGCGUGGAACAGCAGCAUGGCCAAUACCCCCUCACCCGUCUGCGGCAGCGAUUCACCGCGACUCUUCCGCCUACCCCCUCCGCCCGCUCCGCUCCAUGACCGUUCCGGCCAAGAGAGCAGCUCCCUGAGCAGGCGACGCCACCGGAGACAGAGGCGUCGUCCAGAGGAUGCCACCAACGCUGAGAGCGACACGUCCCUCUCUAUUCCAUCUGUGGACCACGAGGAGCUGGAGCGUUCCUUCAGUGGCUUCAGCAUCUCUCAGGCCAAGGAGGACUUUUUUGGGCCAUCUUUCUUUCCAGGGUCUGGCGCUGGUGGACAGGGGGCAACGCCAGGGACUGAAGGCGGAGCUCCAACUCAACUCUGUGCCAAGGUGAGGCCAUUCCUAGCAGAGGGCGAGUCUGACACUGACUCUGACCUCUACGCUCCCUCACCCCUGUCCUUCACCGGUGACGCCUCCUGUGGGGAGAGAGGAUGGCCCGGACUUAAAUAGUUCUGCCCACAGUUGCCCCGCUUGGCAAAGAUGCCAAAAUGGUCACGUGACCCAGAAGCCAAUGUUGCUCAUGCUUUUGACUGACGAACGAUGAUUUACUACUGGGACAUGGACACCAUAUGCCCUUGAAAUACUGUCUUUGUCUAAGAUGUAACACAGUAAGCAAUGCUAUAAACAUUGCUUAAAAUGGCUUGGGUCAUGAUUGCAUUCA